UAUGGAACUAAGCGAUAAGGAAUUUGCAAAGACCAGUGUGGAACAUCAAGGACUUCUAAGACUGUUUCCCUAUUUGAUGAACAUUUUUCAUGCCAGGAAAUUCAUGUCACAGUGACCAGCUAACAAUGAGGGCGAACUUGAGAAAAUGAUCAAUCCCUUUUCUGUCUGAAUCGUAUUUAUAUAACGAAGGCCUUGGGAAUCACAGAGACGGUGAUCACUCUACUUGUCCAGCCAUGGGAGACAACUCAAGUUUUUGGGACAGUUUGAUAUUUGCACACCCUGUCUGUGUAAACUGGAAGUCAGAAGCAGAAGGAUCUAUCUAUCAUUUAGCUAGCAUUUUGUUUGUUGUUGGCUACAUGGGUGGCAGUGGGUUUUUUGGCCUGCUGUACAUCUUCUUUUUGCUUGGACUUGGUUUUCUCUGCUCAUCUGUCUGGUCUUGGCUGGAUGUCUGUGCAGCUGAUAUUUUCUCUUGGAAUUUCAUACUGUUUGUGAUAUGCUUCAUACAGUUUAUUUAUGUAACCUACCAAGUUCGGAGUGUUGCCUUUGACAAAGAAUUUCAGGAUCUUUACAGUGCUAUGUUCCAACCACUGGGAAUCUCACUGACUGUUUUUAGAAAGAUUGUCCGAUGCUGUGAUGAAGAAGUCGUUACACUGGAGAAGGAACAUUGUUAUGCCAUGCAAGGGAAAACACCAAUUGAUAAGCUCUCCUUGCUUUUGUCAGGAAGGAUCAGAGUCACUGUGGAUGGGGAAUUUCUGCAUUAUAUUUUUCCCCUUCAGUUUCUGGAUUCUCCUGAAUGGGAUUCACUAAGACCCUCAGAAGAAGGUAUUUUUCAGGUAACUCUCACAGCAGAAACAGACUGUCGAUAUGUAACCUGGAGAAGAAAAAAAUUAUAUUUGCUUUUUGCUAAACACCGAUUCAUUUCACGUGUGUUUUCAAUUCUAAUUGGGGAUGACAUUGCCAAUAAGCUCUAUGCUUUGAAUGACAGAGUGAACCUGGGGAAAGGAUUCCGAUAUGACAUCCAUCCUCUGAGUCCCAUGACCCCUUUGAAUUUCAUCCCAGAUCUCAGUAAUGCCACCUCUGUGCCUUUGAACGAAACUGUGUGUGAAAAUUGGCGCGAAAUUCAUCAUCUUGUGUUUCAUAUGGCCAAUAUUUGUUUUGCGGUAGGAUUGGUUAUUCCAACCACUUACAAUCUUCAUAUGAUUGUCCUACGAGUCAUGCUAACAAUAGGGUGUGCACUUUUCAUCAUCUGGGCAACACUUUUCCGUUGUGCUCUGGAUAUAAUGAUUUGGAAUUCAGUAUUCCUUAUUAUCAACCUUCUGCACUGUAUAUAUUUGCUAUACAAGAGAAGACCGAUAAAGAUAGACAAAGAACUCAGUAGUCUGUAUAAGAGAAUGUUUGAACCACUCCACGUGCCUCCAGAGCUGUUCCAAAGACUGACGGGACAAUUCUGCAAUAUCCAGACACUAAAAACUGGACAAGCAUAUGCUGCAGAGGAUAAAACAUCAGUGGAUGAUCGAUUAAGUAUUCUGCUAAAAGGAAAAAUGAAGGUCUCCUAUCGAGGGCAUUUCCUGCAUAAUAUUUACCCCUGUGCCUUUAUAGAUUCUCCUGAAUACCGAUCAACUCAGAUGAAUCGAGGCGAGACGUUCCAGGUCUCCAUUACUGCUGAUGAUAACUGCAAAUUUUUGUGCUGGUCCAGAGAGAGACUUGCAUAUUUCCUGGAAUCUGAGCCAUUUCUAUUUGAAAUAUUUAAGUAUCUUAUUGGAAAGGAUAUUACAAACAAGCUGUACUCAUUAAAUGACCCAACUCUGAAUGAUAAGACAUCCCAGAAAAUAGACAGGCAACCCAGUCUGUGCUCACAGCUCUCUGUCAUGCAGAUGAGGAACAGCAUGGCUAGCUCAAGUGAUGGCGAAGAGGGCUUGCAGAAUUUUCUUCGUGGGACUUCCACUGCCUCCUCCCUUCGCCAACCAUCUCCUUGUUUAAGAACAUCGCCAAAAAUGAAACCAAUAGAAGAAAGUGUGGAAGAUGAUGUUUUUGAACCUCCGUCGGCUACAACCUCCAAAGCUCCUUAAGAGAUGCCACCUGUCAAAAAAAUUUAGUGAAUUACACAGAAUGUUUUGCAAGUGUGGCAGUUGUGGAAAACACGAUGAUGUUGGCAAAGCUGAUACCAUUGUUCUGUGUGUUUUAACAUAUUUGCCACAAGGUCUCUACCAAUAGGUUCUUACAGACUAACCCCAACCUUACUACCUUUUGUUUCAGUGAUACUUGAAGCCCCAUUGUGGGGAUUUCUGUGCUUGGGUGGGUGAAAUGCUGCUUCUGUGUCAGUAGAGCAGGAGGGGGCAGCAGGAAUACGUUCUAGCAUGCAGAAGGCAUGGGCAUUAAUUGGAAAGUUUUCAUUGUUCUAUAUAUGUGGAGUAGACCUUCUGCAACCAUAGCCAAUUCCUGGAUUUGAGCAAAUGUAGCUUGAAGUACACAAAAUGACUUGUUUCAAGAGUUAUAGCUCUUAAUUACAUUGCAAUUUACCGCAUGGAUUUAUAUGGAAAGUAGUAUCAUUAAAAAUUGCAAUAUUAUGUUAGCUUCUACAAGAGUAAGUGCAGCUUUAAUGUACAGAUGACCCAGAUAAUAAAAAAGCGGUACAUUUUCCAUAGCUUUGGGAACUGGAGAGCUACAACUCUGAUGCUCUACUUGCAGAGGUACAUCUCUCUCUCCCCCCCCCCCCCCCCUUUUACUUCCCAGUCUUCUCAAGCUCCCAGUAAGGGCAUUCAAGUAUGGUGGAAGCCUCACACUCACUCUGGAAUGUGUGUGGGAGGGAUACAGAGUUGACUCAUCUCCCUACCUACUCUUUGUGCUAGGGCUGCUUCUUGAACAGAAAUGUUGAAUUAUAUUUUUCCUUUCUGACAACUCUUGUUUUGCUUGGCCCAUGUUUAUGUGUCAUCUUUAAGAGUUUCACCAUUCUAUGCCUAUUAUUAUUGGACCUAAAUGAUUAGUAACUUUUUCACAUUAAGUAUGUACUAAAUUAUUAGUAACUUUAAAACUAGAACAAUGAGAUGUUCAGUGUAAUCUAGUGUUCAUUGAAUGUGGUGGGAAUUGACUGCAGAUAAAUGUGCUCAGUUUGUUCAACAUUAAAAUUGGAGGGAGAUUGACAAUUAUAUUGAUGAGACCUAGAUUACACCAAAAUUAUGUAUAAAUUAGGAAACAGCAUUUUAUGUGUAUUGAUAAUGGCAGACCAUUUCGAAAAAUAAAAUUCACCUCUUUUUUGGAGCUUUACAUAAGCACAGUAUUAUUGGCAACAAUGGUAAAUUGCAGUCUGUGCCACAAAUGCUGAUAGAGUGACUUAGUGCCUUUUGUUUUUCUUCACAGCUGUAAUACAUAUUGAAGAGAUAAGUAAGGAACAUGAUCAGCCAAAGAUAUGCACGUCCAGUUCUAUUGCUUUAAACUGGUACCUUUUAAAUCAAGAAGAGUUGAAAGUACAUAAUUUCAGCUGACUUUUUAAUGUUAUUGUAGAAAUAGCAGAUUGCAAAAAAUAAAGCACAAACUUCUAUUUUCUUAGGUUUAUACUGGCAGGCACCUUAAUGAAAAGUCUGUAAGACUGGGAGCAAUAGGUUUGUCCUUAGCAAAAGUCUCUAAAAGAACAAAUGCUAAUUUAUGUAAAUAGGCAUCUUUUUAGAGCUACAUACUUACAUGACUGAAGCUUUUGGGGCCUGUGAAGUUCAGUGUCUAGCAACCAAUGCUCAGCUUUCUGAAUAAACUCAUGUUCUUUAGUUGUUUUUCUCUUGUAAAGCAGCUAAAAGAGCACCUUUGCUGGAAAUAUUCUUCAUGGAAACCCUGCUUUCCAUUACGAUUAUAGAAAAGUGAAUGUGAUGAGCUGGAUCAACCAAAGUGACUUAUAUAUACAAUUAAGAGUUUAGUGUGGUGCAGUUAUACUUCACUUGUGCAUUGUGUCACUUCUGCAGAGUCCAUCUGUUAAUAACUGGAUUGAUGUUUUUGCAAAAUUGUAUAUGCAGGAAGGGUUCAUCUAACUUUUCUUUAAAUAAAAUAAUUAAAACAUA